AAACUUUUCCUGUUAUAGAUUUAACAAGAGAAUAUGUCUGUAUGUUGAUUAAUCUAAAGCGAAUGCUUGUAUAUACAGUAUAAUUCAUUUAAAGGUAAGAAGUGCUACUUUGUUUACUGCUGAUGCUGUAAUCCACCAUGUUGAUUCAACGUCACUUGCUGAGCUCAGAGUUGAGGAGACCAUCUUGAGUUCCCGAGUAGGAAUUUCAAGUUGAAGGGGCAUUUUCUUUGUUUUUUUCCUAGUCGGAGGUGUUGCAACCUCCAGUGCAGCAUCGAAUGCAACAUUAUGCUUGCUUGUUGUUUUGCUGGCUGUUAGCAGUAAUCAGACAUGAAACGAAAAUGCAGAAAUGAUGCGAUUAUUUUGAACAUCAAAUGAUAGUUUCUCCUCUUUGGCAGAAAAUUUUAGAUCUACUAUUUUUAAAUGAACAGUUGGUCAGAUCAGGGGUUUCAGAUCAGAGUGUAUCUGCUAUUUUUGUUUGUGUGUUUUGCUACUUUUGCUAUUAGCGUAAGAAUUCAGCAGUAAAAACAUUCAGCAAACAGAAGUCAAGAAGAUGAACACGAAAAUAUGCCAAAACAUUUAUUAAAUAUGGAUUUACAAGCAUGACUGUAAAUAACUUGGAGAAAUCAACAUGCCUCAUGUGUGGCAUCAAGUAAGAAGUAUAAGAGAUAUAACACACUUCGAGAUGGUAACAGUGACUCUUUGUGUCGGGGCGUAUCACACCACACCGGCAUGGAUUAUUUUCCUAUAACAACACGUCUAUGUCAUGGUUUAUUUAUUACGUAUCGUUCGAAGCAGCGUGUGACAGCAAAAUGAGAUGCGCCCUUUCAAACAUACAUCCUGACUUCGCUUUUAUAAAGCUGUGUCAGGAAAUCAGUGCAAAGAAUAUUCUUUUGGUUUUUAGUUACUUAUAUUACACGUAUGCUACUGACAUAUGAUAAAAUGUUCAAAUGUUACAUGUGUUAAAUUAUCAAUCUGAAAUAUAAGAAUGUACAGUGAGCUAGGUUCAGGAUCGCAGAAAAUUCAUCGUGUCCAUUUGGGGCUGAGACCAAAAAGAUUGAGAAGCCAUGUGGAGAAUUGUGCCGAUCUAGCAGCAACAAGAGUCUCUCAAUAGCCUAGGCAAGAAGGCUAUCCUUCCAUCAGUGUGGUUUAAUGCAGUAGCAAGGCGAAAUGCAUAUAUUUUGACUGAGACGCAUUUUGAAUGAAAUAAGGUAUUGAUCAGUGAUAAAUUCAAACCGAGAUAGCAUGGCUAAGUUGUUACAUUUAUCCAGAUGUCAGUACUAAAUUAUAUUAAAUGUGAUCUUAGUGACUUAGACCGUGGCAUGGUUGUUUGUGCCAGUUUGACUAUUUCAGAAACUGCUGAUCUGGGAUUUUCACGCACAACAGUCUGUAGACUUUUCACAGAAUGGUGCAAAAAAAGAAAACAAAAAUAGUCAGUUCUGGGGAAGGAAAUGUCUAGCUGGUGAGAGAGGUCAGAGAAUGGCCAGACUGGUUCAGGCUGACAGGAAGGCUAUGGGAACUCAAAUAACCACUCUUUACAACCGUGGUGAGCAGAAAAGCAUCUCAGAAUGCACAAUAUCUCAAACCUCGAGGUGGAUGGGCUACAACAACAGAUCACAUCAGGUUCCACGCUUGUCAGCCUAGAAUAGAAAUCUGACGCUACAGUGAGCAUAUGAUUGGCUGAUUGUAUAAUUGCAUGGAUGAACAGGUGCACAGGUGUUCCUAUUAAAGUGGCUUGGGAGUGUGUGUGUGUAUAUAAAUAUCAAAUUACAAAUAUUAUAGAGGACACAAAAGUGGAAACGAUAGUACACAAGAGGUUAUGAAAGAGGUUGGAGGUUGAACUGGUAGUAUUUUCAUUUACUAAUAAUAUCAUAGCAUCUUAAGUUUAACCAUUUUAUUAUCAUUUUAUCAUGUUUGUGCCGAUGAAGGCACACACUACAAGUCUUGUCAGUAGCAAGAAAUUGAAAUAACAUUUAAGUUUGUGCUAAGGGUGUGCAAACUUUUGAGCCAUACAAUAACACCAUUAUUAUUGCACAAUUCCUAGUGAUUGCUUAAUUAAUCUCAGGAAUGAAGGUUUGUUGUCUGACGUCAGCAGUGACGCCCCGCUCCCUCCUCCAGAGCGCGUGCAGCUCGGCCCCUCCCUCCCAUCACCUCUCAGCCCUAACAUCAUGAAAACAAAACAUCACACACAAGCGUACGAGGAAGUGAGCACCAUUUUACUUCACACACGCCUAUGUCGUGUUGUGGUCACAGCGUGUCUGUGGAGCGUUAAAGAGUGAUGUAGGGGAGCUGUUCCGCUGGAAUAAGCCACAAUGGUGCGGAGUGAUGUGUUCCCACCGAGCACAGUCAACUAUCUCAUUAGCGAGAGCUUUCUAACAGUGAAAGGCGCCGCACUCUUCCUCCCAAGGGGAAAUGGCUCCUCCUCAUCGUCCAUCUGCUCCUCGCGCAUCACAGGACAGCGCAGCAAACAUGCAGGAGAUCUUCAGCAGCACCUGCAGACAAUGUUCACUCUGCUACGACCAGAGGACAACAUCCGUCUGGCGGUGCGGUUGGAAAGCGUGCACCCUCAAUGCACACGCUACAUGGUUGUAGUGACCACAAAUGGACGGCAGGACACUGAGGAGAGUGUAGUGCUGGGCAUGGACUUCAGCCCCUCAGACAGUUCCUGUUCAAUAGGCCUGGUGCUUCCUCUGUGGAGUGACACACUGAUCCAUUUGGAUGGAGAUGGGGGGUUCAGUGUGUCCACAGAUAACAGGAUCCAUGUUUUCAAGCCCGUCUCAGUCCAGGCCAUGUGGUCGGCUCUGCAGUCUCUCCAUAAGGCAUGUGAGGUAGCACGCUGCCAUAACUACUUCCCAGGCAGCCUCUUCCUGACCUGGGUAAGCUACUACCAGAGCCGCGUGUCCUCAGACCAGGCCCACAUCAAUGAGUGGAACACUAUGCAGGAUGUGCAGUCGCACCGUGCUGACUCACCUGUGCUCUUCUCUGAUGUGCCAACGGAGCGAGAGAGAACGGAGCGACUGAUCAAGACCCGUCUAAGAGAGAUCAUGAUGCAGAAAGACCUGGAAAAUGUCACCUCUAAAGAGAUCCGCACGGAGCUGGAGAUGCAGAUGGGGUGUAACCUGCGCGAGUUUAAAGAGUACAUCGAUAAUGAGAUGAUUGUCAUCCUGGGGCAGAUGGACAGCCCCACUGAGAUCUUUGAGCAUGUGUACCUGGGUUCAGAAUGGAAUGCAUCUAAUCUAGAAGAGCUACAGAGCAGCGGGGUUCAGUACAUCCUCAACGUGACACGGGAGAUUGAUAACUUCUUCCCCGGUCUGUUUGAGUACCACAACAUCCGCGUGUACGAUGAAGAGGCCACCGAUUUGCUGGCGUACUGGAAUGACACCUAUAAAUUCAUCUCCAGAGCCAAGAAAGCAGGAGCCAAGUGUCUGGUGCACUGUAAGAUGGGCGUGAGCCGCUCGGCCUCCACUGUGAUAGCCUACGCCAUGAAGGAGUACGGCUGGGACCUGGAGAAAGCCUUCGACUAUGUCAAAGAGCGCCGUGCCGUGACCAAGCCCAACCCCUCCUUUAUGAGGCAACUAGAGGAGUACCAGGGCAUCCUUUUGGCCAGCAGGCAGAGGCACAACAAGCUGUGGCGUUCCCAUUCGGACAGCAACCUGUCUGAGCACCAUGAGCCGCUGAUAAAAACUCCUGCCGCGCAGUCGCUGGGCCGAUCCAACCCCCGCAACCAGAGCAGCAACCAGACGUCUCCUUCGCUGCAGGAGCUGCUCCAGACUCUCAGCCCUUCCUCGGCCCCUGCAGCAGGGGAACAGGACUGCGAGCAGGAGGCGCCAUUCGCGAACGGGCUAGGAAACUCUGAAGAAAGCCUUGCUGCUGAGGAACCGUGCCUGCUCUCUAAACCCCGAGCAGCUACAGUAGUGCCUGGUGCCCGACCCAAUUCGGCGCCCGUAAACAUGGCGGAAACGGUCCCGGUGAUCCGGCCUCAUCCACCUGCUGCUCUUCAUCAACUUGCCUCCUCGCCUACGCUUCAUCCAGAUGCAGAGGCCAAACCACUCAGCCACGAGCAGCCAGAAGUGUGCUCUCCUAACAGAACAGGGUGUGUUAGGAGUAGAACCCCCGAGCCAAGCAGACAAGCCCCAGACUCCUCCUCAGCUGCAGGGCAGCACACACAGGUGCCUGAGCUUAGGCAAAAAUUCAGCCAGCAAGUGCCUGACGCAGAUGUGGACCGUGCAGGGCUAGGUCACGCCAAGGACGAUAACCACCACCAACACCCCAGUGCCACAAUACAGGAAGCGGGCCUUUCUGCCUCACCCCCAUCAGCUCUGAGCUCCGACCGCAUCGAUUUCUUCAGUGCCAGAGAGAAAUUCCUCGGCCUCUCUCAGGAGGGGCAAAGCCGUGGGAGUUCUGAACAGACGCUCCGAGAUAAAAGCCCAAACCAGGAGUCGAAGCUCAUGUUUCCUGAGCACCCUGUUAAAGGGGAGGAGGAACAGAAAAAGGAGAUCUGCAGUGUUUUGGUUUGUAACACGGUCUCAGAACUGGAGUCCACAAGGCCCAGCAUAACUCCUCCCCCUCCUCCUGCCAGCCAACCUGAUUCCAGUAGCUUAAAGGAGGAGGAGGAGCUAGUCAAAAACUCACUGGAAGCGGAGAAGGUGGAGCUCGGAGAGGCCCUCCAAGGUGAUUGGUCAAAGGGUACAGUGCGGCGAGCCACCAGGCAGCUAGAACAGAAGAUGAAGCAAGACGUUUCAUCACCAACGCUGCUAUCAAGUGCUCUCAGCUGUCUUUCACAGCGUUCCGUUGUUAGCACCAGCAGCAGAGACAGACCUGAGAACACUCCAUCUCAUUUAGACCUCUUCCUUGAUUUGAGCACUGUGCCAGCCCACCACCAUCAGCCUGAGGAAACGGCGGAGAUAAAAGUGGAGAAGGAGGAACCUUCACCUGUAGAGGAAGGGAUGGGAAAAGGGUGCAAAAUAAGACUCAGGGAAGAAGAGCGUGGACACACUGGAUUUCUAGAGACAGACAUGAGCCUCUCACACUUGAAACAAAGCCAUUCCACUCCAUCCGGGUCUUCUUCAGAAGCUGUUUUUAAGCUAGAGGGUGUCACAGAGAACGAGACAAGCACCGACUACCUUUCACAAGACCAUCUGAGGGAGAUGUUGGAGACUCUGAGGCAGCUCGGUGCGUUCCUCUGCCAGGUGAGCAGCGGAUCAGACAAGAGGCUCAGCCACCCAUGGGUUGGGAAAGAACAGAAAAGAGGAUGGAUUGUUCAAGAACGAGCCAGCGAGGUAAAGGCAAGAAUGCGUCAAGCUGGUCUGACCCCGCCCUCACUGAUCAAGAGAUCUGCCUCGCUGGCUAAGCUAGGCUCCCUCGACCUGUCGGCUAACGAUCUGAGCGAACUGGAGCUGAGUCCUGCAUCAUCAUCCCCGCGCACUGCAAAGCCACGCCCUCACUCUUUUACAGAUGAUACCUCAAAAAAGAAGCGGGUUCUACCCAGGCGAACACCCUCUCUCCCUCCCUCUUGCACAUCUCGCCUCCCUUCUACUGGAUCACACCUGGAUAAAAGGUUGGAAAACUGCCAGACUGGAGAAGUACAACACAAGGUUCCCAUGCCACUGCCAGUCUCACCAUCAUCCAAUGAGUGCAGUAGGCAAGGAAGGGUCCCAGAUCCAGCAUACACUCCAGUGCCAGCGCCUGCCUUAAUAUCUGUGGCGACACGGCAACAGUAUGGGAGGACUCAUCCCUUGAGGAGGCUUAAAAAACGAACCUCGAACUCCUACUAUCACACCAUGUGACCCAGGCUGUUGUUUUUAUUGUGUGUUUGUGCUGUGUGCAUGUUUUUCUUUUCACACAUACCUCAGUGGGCCUUACAAAACCAGAAAUAAAACAAAACUGCCGGGUGGCUUUGUAGCCUAUCAUCAGACACACAAUAAGGAGCACACAAUUAGAGAUUAGAGAAGUUACUCGUAUUUGUGAUGGGGUUGAUGGGGCAGGUUUUAAUCCCGGACCCAUCAGCAAUGUAUAGCAAUUCUGUUAAAAGGUUUGACAACUGAUCCACACUUUGCACAAUAGCUGUCAAAUGGUUUAUUACACAAGUGAUAAACGUAGAGUUUUCUCUCAGCCUGCAGUGUCAUACUGCAGAAUGCUCUUGAAAUGAAAUAGAUUCUCCAUUGUCUGGGGAUUUUGUGUGUGUGUGUGUGUGUGUGUGUGUGCACCAGUUAAAGAGACUUGGAUGAAUAAAUGUUAAAAUACAUUCAGAUAUGUAUGUAACGUAACUGAGUGCAAAGUUGUUAUGAAUGUCUGACUAGUGUGCAUGUUAAGCUCAGUUAAGAAUGGGAUAAGUCAUGUGGUAUGUAGACUGUAGAUCUCUGGGGCUUAGUGGAUAUAUGUAUAGGUUAAUUUUUAAUGGAUGUGUAUGACUGUAUAUGUAUAUAUGUGUGCGCGCACCUUUUCUUUCCGUGUUCAAUUCUUAAGUGCAGUUUCUCCUUUCUGGGUUUUUUGUUUAGUAAUAUAUAAACAAAUGCGAGGGAGUUUUUAAUAUGCACUUUAUCUUUUUUAUUGUGUUUUACAUUUUUUAAUCUGUGGUUUGUAAUCUGGACGCAUGCUGGCUGAGUGUGUAUUUAGGGUCGCCUGUAUGAUGCAAUGUGCAAUUUAGUCUUUUUUUCUGUUCCUUGUAAAACUGGAUUUUCUUUUUACUGUUUAAACUGUGACAAUUAAAGAACGUUUAAGAAAAAAUAUCACAAA